GUAAAAACUUUUCUUUACUCUCGAUCGGAAUAAGCUAUCCCGGCGAACGUCUCCGGAGAUCCACCCGUACGCAUCCGUCCGGACCGGAGGAGUUGGUGUCUAUCUGGUUGCAAUUGGGUGGCAUAUGGCGGAACCACCGUCGCCGCCGGCGAAGGACAACAAGCUGUUCAAGGGAAUUUUCGCUGUGACGGGGAUCAUGUCAACCCUCGUCAUCUAUGGUGUCUUACAGGAAAAGAUAAUAAGGGUUCCAUAUGGAUCAAAUAAAGAGUAUUUCACUUACUCGUUGUUUCUUGUGUUCUGUAAUCGCAUUACAACAUCUGCUGUCUCUGGUGGAUUUUUACUGGCAAGCAAGAAGGUCUUAGAUCCUGUAGCUCCACUUUAUAAAUAUUGUAUUAUAUCUGUUUCAAACAUUUUGACCACAACAUGUCAGUACGAGGCCCUCAAAUAUGUAAGCUUUCCUGUUCAAACCUUAGCAAAGUGUGCCAAGAUGAUUCCUGUAAUGAUAUGGGGCACUCUCAUCAUGCAAAAGAAGUACCAAGGACAAGAUUAUUUGUUGGCUUUCCUGGUGACACUUGGGUGUUCAUUAUUUAUUCUAUACCCGGGAGCAGGUGAUAUUAGUCCUUACAGUAAGGGAAGGGAAAGCACUGUUUUGGGAGUUUCCCUUAUGAUCGGGUACCUUGGGUUCGAUGGCUUUACAAGCACAUUCCAGGAUAAACUCUUUAAAGGCUACGAUAUGGAAAUACACAAUCAGAUAUUUUACACAACAUUAUGUACAUGCUUCCUCAGUUUCUUUGGUCUCAUCUUACAGGGAAAUCUUCUCAUGGCAAUAAAUUUUGUUUCACUUCACCAUGAUUGUUUCUUUGACAUUCUUCUCCUUUCAAGUGUGGCUACAGCCAGUCAGUUCUUUAUUUCUUACACAAUCCGAACUUUUGGUGCUCUCACCUUUGCUACAAUAAUGACCACAAGACAGUUAGCUAGCAUUCUCCUGUCAUGCUUGUGGUUUGGCCACCCUCUCAGCUGGGAACAAUGUGUUGGAGCUGUGAUCGUGUUCAGCUCCCUUUACUCGAAAAGCUUUUUGAUAAAGAAACCAAAACCUUUGCACACCGAAGAUUUGGAGAAUGGAGAUUCUGUCCCAAUUAAAGGGUAAUAAUGCUAACUGUUAAGGGCCAUUCGUUCAUUUUUUUUCUUUUUUGGUUAAUGGUUAUGUUUUGACUUUUGGAACUGUUAUCUAAGCACUUUGACUCAUCAAAUUCUCUCAAUGUGUAAGCCUAAAAAUAGUCAUGUGUGAUCUUGUUUGAUUCGUCUUAACAUAUAUAUUAUUAAUAUAUAAUUUUUAUAAUUUUUUAAUAUACAAAUUACAAGAUAAAAUGGAUUAAAGAAGUGCAUUGGAU